UGUGACCCAGGUUAUGAAGGUCCAGGUACCUACUGUUCAGAUGUGGACGAGUGUGCACGUGAUCUUCACGACUGUUCGUCGGACGCCACUUGUCAGAACAACAUUGGUAACUUCAGUUGUUCAUGUAAUUCAGGAUACAGGGGUAAUGGAAAGAGUUGUGUGAAUGUUGAGGAGUGCCUGAAAUCACCGUGUGACGAGAAUGCCAACUGUACGGACACCGUUGGAGGUUUUACUUGUGCAUGUAAACAUGGUUAUACCGGAACAGGAAAGUUCUGUGUGGACAUGGAUGAAUGCUCAACUGGCGCUCACAACUGCCAUUCUGACGCUAUCUGUAGCAACAUUGCAGGAAACUAUACUUGCAGUUGCAAGAAUGGUUUCUCUGGCAAUGGAGAGACAUGCCAAGACAAGAAUGAAUGUGGUGGAGCUGUACCAGUGUGCAGUGUAAACUCUGAAUGUCACAACGUUCCUGGUUCUUUCCGUUGUAAUUGCAGUACUGGCUACUUGAAGGAUGGAGUAUCUUGUGUGGAUAUCGAUGAAUGUAACGGCACGAACUGCAUUGAUCACAACGAAUGUCAGAAUGGCGGCCAUGAUUGCCAUGACAACGCGAUGUGCUCCAACACGGUGGGAGGUCAUAAUUGCUCAUGUGACCCAGGUUAUGAAGGUCCAGGUACCUACUGUUCAGAUGUGGACGAGUGUGCAGGUGAUCUUCACGACUGUUCGUCGGAUGGCACUUGUCAGAACAACAUUGGUAACUUCAGUUGUUCAUGUAAUUCAGGAUACAAGGGUAAUGGAAAGAGAUGUGUGAAUGUUGAGGAGUGCCUGAAAUCACCGUGUGACGUUAAUGCCAACUGUACGGACACCGUUGGAAGUUUUACUUGUUUAUGUAAACAUUUUUAUACCGGAACAGGAAAGUUCUGUGUGGACAUAGAUGAAUGCUCAACUGGCGCUCACAACUGCCAUUCUGAUGCUAUCUGUAGCAAUAGUGCAGGAAACUUUACUUGCAGUUGCAAGAAUGGUUACUCUGGCAAUGGAGAGACAUGCCAAGACAAGAAUGAAUGUGAUGGAGCUGUACCAGUGUGCAGUGUAAACUCUGAAUGUCACGACGUUCCUGGUUCUUUCCGUUGUAAUUGCAGUACUGGCUACUUGAAGGAUGGAAUAUCUUGCGUGGAUAUCGAUGAAUGUACUAAUACUUCUUACACUACCAACUGUCAUGCUCAUUCAACGUGUUCAAACACCAAAGGAAGCUACGUGUGCGUCUGUCAUCAAGGACACAAUGGAAACGGCACGAACUGCAUUGAUCACAACGAAUGUCAGAAUGGCGGCCAUGAUUGCCAUGACAACGCAAUGUGCUCCAACACGGUGGGAGGUCAUAAUUGCUCAUGUGACCCAGGUUAUGAAGGUCCAGGUACCUACUGUUCAGAUGUGGACGAGUGUGCACAUGAUCUCCAUGACUGUUCGUCGGAUGCCACUUGUCGGAACCACAUUGGUAGUUUCAGUUGUUCAUGUAAUUCAGGAUACAGGGGUAAUGGAAAAAGUUGUGUGAAUGUUGAGGAGUGCCUGAAAUCACCGUGUGACGAGAAUGCCAACUGUACGGACACCGUUGGAAGUUUUACUUGUGCAUGUAAACAUGGUUAUACCGGAACAGGAAAGUUCUGUGUGGACAUAGAUGAAUGCUCAACUGGCGCUCACAACUGCCAUUCUGAUGCUAUCUGUAGCAACAGUGCAGGAAACUUUACUUGCAGUUGCAAGAAUGGUUUCUCUGGCAAUGGAGAGACAUGCCAAGACAAGAAUGAAUGUGAUGGAGCUGUACCAGUGUGCAGUGUAAACUCUGAAUGUCACAACGUUCCUGGUUCUUUCCGUUGUAAUUGCAGUACUGGCUACUUGAAGGAUGGAAUAUCUUGCGUGGAUAUCGAUGAAUGUACUAAUAGUUCUUACACUACCAAUUGUCAUGCUCAUUCAACGUGCUCAAACACUGAAGGAAGCUUUGUGUGCGUCUGUCAUCAAGGAUACAAUGGUAAGGUCAUUUAG